GCGCGGGCGCCUGCCCCCAGCAUGGCCUGGCGAAGCUGGCCGGUGCCGUGGCUGUGGGUCGCCGGCUCUGGGCUGCUGUUCCUCGUCUUCGUCCUGCUCGCGAGCCCCCGCAGCUGCCGAGCGCAGCGGACCCUCAGCGGCUUACCCAUGGCGCGCAGCAAGAGGCUGCUGUUUCGAAUCGGGUACAGCCUGUACACCCGCACCUGGCUCGGGUACCUCUUCUACCGCCAGCAGCUACGCAGGGCUCGGAAUCGCUACCCCAAAGGCCAUUCCAGAACCCAGCCCCGCCUCUUCAACGGGGUGAAGGUGCUUCCCAUCCCGGUCCUGUCAGACAACUACAGCUACCUCAUCAUCGACACCCAGGCCCGGCUGGCUGUGGCAGUGGACCCUUCAGACCCCCAGGCCGUGCAGGCUUCCAUUGAAAAGGAAGGCGUUAACUUGGUUGCCAUUCUCUGCACCCACAAGCACUGGGACCACAGUGGAGGGAACCGUGACCUCAGCCGGCGGCACCAGGACUGCCGGGUGUAUGGGAGCCCUCAGGAUGGCAUCCCCCACCUCACCCAUCCCCUGUGUCAUCAAGAUGUGGUCAGUGUGGGGCGGCUGCAGAUCCGGGCCCUGGCCACCCCUGGCCACACGCAAGGCCAUCUGGUCUACCUACUGGAUGGGGAGCCCUACAAGGGCCCUUCCUGCCUCUUCUCAGGGGACCUGCUCUUCCUCUCUGGCUGUGGACGGACCUUUGAAGGCACCGCAGAGACCAUGCUGAGCUCGCUGGACACCGUGCUGGGGCUGGGUGAUGACACUCUGCUGUGGCCUGGUCACGAAUACGCGGAGGAGAACCUGGGCUUCGCGGGGGUGGUGGAGCCGGAGAACCUGGCCCGGGAGCGGAAGAUGCAGUGGGUGCAGAGGCAGCGAAUGGAGCGCAGGAGCACGUGCCCAUCCACCCUGGGAGAGGAGCGGUCCUACAACCCGUUCCUGAGGACCCACUGCCUGGUGCUGCAGGAGGCCCUGGGGCCAGGCCCAGGUCCCACGGGGGACGACGACUACUCCAGGGCCCAGCUCCUGGAGAAGCUUCGCCGUCUGAAGGAUCUGCACAAGAGCAAGUGACCCCCCCACCCUACCCCGGCCCACCUCCACGGUGGGGAGGCUGCCGUCACCCUCAUCACCCCAUCCUUCUCACUGCUGCCACCCCCACUUCCAUCAGCGCCCAUGGUGGGCUUUAGUCCCCCAUGCUGGUGGGGGACAGAGGGAGGACACCGAGAGACCGAGAGGAAGGGAGCUGGAGGAAGGCGCGGAGACGCCGGGAGCGAGACUGAGUUACCAAGGGCGAGAGGAGAGGAGGGACCGUGCCCGCUCCAGAUGCAGCUGGCAGAGACUCCUCUGCCAGGGCACAGAGGACAUGGAGCCGCUGGCUGGGAGGUUCCUGCUGCCACUGCAGCCCCGUCAUCCAGGGUGGCAGGAGCCGUGAAGAAGUUUGAGUCCAUCUUCCCCCUCCUCCCAUCAGAGUUGGGAAAGAAGCUCAGUCCCUGAAAGUGGCCUGCGGCGUGGCCCCAUGGAAGAGUGACCAGUCUGAGGGGCGACAGGGAUGCUGCCCCUCCUCCCAAGCCUCCCUGCCCUGCCCCCACGAAGGCACUUUUCCUCUAGCGCCAUUUCUAAGAAGGGUGACAGGGCUGCUUGUCUGGCUGUCAGAUGUCUCUGCUGAAUGGCUCCCCUGCAGCCUGGGGGAGGCGGGGCCCUGGUUGCCAAGGAAAGCCAGACCCCGGGCUGAGGAGACACCAGAGAGGGACUGUGACAGCCAUGUAGGUCCCACUGCUCCCUGCACAGCUGGCCUGGGCUUGCUGGCUGGCCUCUGCCCCUGCCCUGGGCCUAAAGGGCCCCUUCUUCCCAGAGGAGAGAGUGCCACCGCCGGUCAUGGCCACUGCGGGUGUCCUCAUCUGGUCCUUGUUCUUAGGAACCUCUGCCUUCCUCCAGCUCCUCUUUUUCCUCACCCCUUCCCUCUUUUAAUCAAUAGACCUUCAACUAGCCCUUCGCAGUUUGCCAAGAACACCCCCGUGCCAUUUCUCAUGUGCUCCCUGGCUCCAUCCCACCUGGGGUACGGGGUCCUCGAAGCUGAGCACAGAACUCAGAAGUCCAAAAGCAAAGAGAGCCGAGUGAGCCGGAGCUCCCAGGACCCCGCCGGCCCUUCCCCUCUGCGCAGACCCUCAGCUCAGUUUCUCCCCGGACCGCCGGUCCAGGUCCCUCUAGAGCCUCCACGAGCAGCAGAACUGGGCCCAGCCCAGAACUUUCUCUCUGCGUCCAGGCCCUUCCUCAGGCUCUGCUCACUCUGGUGAGCCUCUGAGAUGCCCUGCCCUCAGUCUCCCCUCAUCGGCCUCUGCCCCUCUCUCCAGCCAUAGCCUCUGGUACCAACUCUAGCAAUACGGCCAGAAUAGUUAGUCCCCACCCGCGAGACAUGCAGUUCCCUGCCUCUGUGCCUUCGCUCACGCUGUCUCUUCAGACUGGAAUGCCUUUCCCCCGCUCCUCCUGCCUUGUUUGCCUGGCAAACACCUUUUCAUCUCUCUCCAUCUCCCUCAUAGGUCCCCCCUCCUCCAGGAAGACCACCCCCAUGCCCCACCCCUUCCAGGCUACCUCUGCUCUUUGUAAAUGCUUCUCCCAUGGCACUUACACACCCACAAUGUAUUUUACUUGUUUACAUGUUUGUCUCCCCUUCUAGACUGUGAACCUUUCAGGGCAUGGACUGUAUCUUAUGCAUCUAUGUAUUUCUGUGCCUAGCACGGUGCCUGGCACACAAUAGGCGCUUAAUAAAUGUUGAAUGAAUG